AAUCUUAUAUAAACCUUUCUUCCUAUUCCCCAAUAUCCCACUCUCUUUCUCUCUUUACAAAACCUCUCUGUGAAGAAACACAGCAUCCGUACAAAAACAAUGGCAAGCAUAGAGCCCCAGCACGAGCACAGAGAAGAGGAAGAAGCCGCUGCCGGAGCCGAUGACGAAGAUACCGGAGCUCAGGUCGCGCCGAUCGUCAGACUGGAGGAAGUAGCCGUAAUAACUGGCGAAGAGGACGAAGAUGCUAUCCUCGAUUUGAAAGCUAAGCUUUAUCGAUUCGAUAAAGAUGGAAAUCAGUGGAAAGAGAGAGGUGCUGGUACUGUUAAGUUUUUGAAACAUAAGGAGACUGGAAAAGUUCGCCUUGUUAUGCGCCAAUCUAAGACUCUUAAGAUCUGUGUUAAUCAUCUAGUUAUUCCGACAAUGACGGUUCAGGAACAUGCUGGAAGUGAGAAGUCCUGUGUGUGGCAUGCAGCAGAUUUUGCUGAUGGUGAAUUGAAGGAUGAAUUUUUUUGUAUUAGAUUUGCGUCCAUCGAGAAUUGCAAGACCUUCAUGGAGACGUUUCAAGAGGUUGCUGAAUCACAAAAGAAGAAAGAUGAAAAUGAGGAUGCAUCUAAUGCUGCUGGCCUACUUGAGAAGUUGAGUGUUGAAGAUAAGAAGUCAGAAGAGAAGAGCGUGGAAAAAACUGAAGAGAAAACGAAGGAAGACGACGUCAAAGAUGAGAAGCCUUCUGAUAAUGCAGAGAAAAGGGAUGAGACUGCUUCAGACUGAGAGAUGUUAUGUCAUGUACGCCAGAUGUAGUUGGUGAGGUUCAUAAUACCGCCACAUUUGCCAACCAAAUUUGGUUAUAUUGUCUGGUCGAGUGCAAGGGUGGUUAAUUCGGUGGUGGUCUUGGGUGGGGUCGGU